CGCCGGGGAGAGCGGCGACGGCGGCCGCGCUCGAGCGCUGCUCGCGCCCUCGGCGCCCCGCUCCAUGCCGGUGUGGUGCUGCCGCUGCUCCCUGGCCGGUCAUUUCAGAAACUAUAGUGAAACUGAAACAGAAGGAGAGAUUUUUAAUUCCUUAGUGCAAUAUUUUGGUGAUAAUUUGGGGCAAAAAGCGAUGCCAUUAGUUGAAGAAACUUCAUUACUUGAAGAUUCAGCAGUGACUUUGCCUGUGGUAAUUAUAGGAAAUGGACCCUCAGGAAUAUGCCUUUCUUAUAUGUUAUCUGGCUAUAGACCAUAUUUAUCAUCGGAAGCAAUACAUCCAAAUACAAUCCUACAUAGUAAAUUAGAAGAAGCAAGACAUCUUUCCAUCGUUGAUCAGGACUUAGAAUACUUGUCUGAGGGACUUGAGGGCCGAUCAUCUAAUCCAGUUGCGGUACUUUUUGACACACUUCUUCAUCCAGAUGCUGACUUUGGAUAUGAUUACCCAUCUGUUUUGCACUGGAAACUAGAACAGCAUCAUUAUAUCCCUCAUUUAGUGCUUGGUAAAGGUCCACCUGGUGGAGCUUGGCAUAAUAUGGAAGGCUCCAUGUUGACAAUCAGCUUUGGAAAUUGGAUGGAGUUACCUGGACUUAAAUUUAAAGAUUGGGUGACUAGCAAACGAAGGAAUCUAAAAGGUGAUCGAGUAAUGCCAGAAGAAAUAGCUCGCUACUAUAAACAUUAUGUAAAAGUCAUGGGUCUUCAGCAAAAUUUCAGAGAGAAUACUUAUAUAACCUCCGUAUCAAGACUUUACAGAGAUCAAGACGAUAAUGACAACCAAGACAAAGCUAUUUCAAGGAAGCAUUUACAGAUAGAGAAGUCAAAAUUGAUCAAGAGAAACUGGGAAAUUAGAGGUUACCAGCGAAUAGCAGAUGGUUCUCACGUUCCCUUUUGUCUCUUUGCUGAGAAUGUAGCUCUGGCAACUGGAACAUUGGAUUCUCCUGCCCAUCUGGAAAUUGAAGGGGAAAAUUUUCCUUUUGUGUUUCAUUCAAUGCCUGAAUUUGGAGCGGCUGUAAACAAAGGAAAACUGCGUGGCAAAGUGGAUCCAGUGUUAAUUGUAGGUUCUGGGCUCACUGCAGCUGAUGCAGUACUUUGUGCUUAUAACAAUAAUAUCCCUGUGAUCCAUGUAUUUCGCAGACGAGUAACUGAUCCAAGCUUAAUCUUCAAACAGCUUCCCAAAAAGCUUUAUCCUGAGUAUCAUAAAGUGUAUCAUAUGAUGUGUACUCAGUCAUAUUCUGCAGACUCAACCCUUUUAUCUGAUUAUACCAGCUUUCCUGAGCACCAUGUGCUUUCUUUUAAGUCGGACAUGAGAUGCAUUCUUCAAAGUGUCUCUGGAUUGAAGAAAAUCUUUAAGCUUUCUGCUGCAGUAGUAUUGAUAGGUUCUCAUCCUAAUCUGUCUUUUCUGAAGGAACAAGGGUGUUACCUAGGACACAAUUCAAGCCAGCCAGUCACAUGUAAGAGUAAUCCUGUGGAAAUUGAUGUAUAUACCUAUGAAUGUGUUAAAGAAGCCAACCUUUUUGCAUUGGGCCCUUUGGUUGGAGAUAAUUUUGUUCGAUUUUUGAAGGGAGGGGCAUUGGGUGUUACUCGCUGUUUAGCUGUAAGACAGAAGAAAAAGCAGCAUUUGUUUGUUGAAAGAGGAGGAGGAGAUGGGAUAGCUUAAAGCAAGUUUACAAGUAACUCAAAUGGACAGUCUAUCAUUAAAAAUUUUAAUAGUGGUUUUGCAGUGAUUGCCUAGAAUUUACUGGACUUGAAUGAAUUGGAGGAAAGUAUCAAGCUAUGGUAACUUCAUUUUUAAAGUUACCAGAACUUGGUGUCAUGAUUUAUAUAAUGUAUCAAAGGUGUCUCUGUUGGACAAAUAGAAACACUGCCAAGCUUUCAUUUGACUAGAACAUUCUUUUCUUCCAAGACCUAUUUUUCUUACAGUUUUUGUUACUUAUAUUUGAUUCAAAACAUCAUCCCUGGAAUCUAUAAAGCUAUAUAGUCCUAGUAGGACAGAAAUAGUUAGUCAUAUUUGGGUCACCUUCUUGUUCAAAGUUUGAGCCAAGGAACACAAUCAUCGGCUUCAUCUGUAGCUUGUUAGAAAUGUAUGUUCUCAAGUCCCAUAACAUACUGCUUAAUCAGAAACUCAAUUCUUGCAAGAUCCCCAUCCCCAAAGGCUGUAUGUUCCUUAAAGUUUUGAGACUGUUCUAAAUAAACGGUGUAUAAGGUAUGUAUGAUAUGUAUAGUGGGGUAAGGUAGGUGCAGGAGGCAUUUUCAACUCAGGUGCGUUAAUUUAUUUUGAAAUUAUCAGUUGUAUAAAUUAAUUUAUUACCAAAUAUUAUGAUCUUUUGAAAAAUAUUUUUAUUGUUGAAACCUUGACAGGUACUUCAUAGUCUUCUAAUAAUGUAAACAUUCCAAUAAUGUUGGUAACACUUUGACAUUCGGGAACCCCCUAAAAUACUUGUCAGAGAUUUGUUCUCUACUUACCUAUCAUAACAUCGAACUAAUCUGAUUUACAAUUCAAUAAAUUGUGGAUGGAACUACUU